AUGAGAUCAUAUCUUCUUAUUUUACUAAUAUCAUUAAAUAUUCUUGGUUCCUCUUUAUCGAGAAACCUAUAAAGUGAUCAAUCAAAGAAAAGAAUAUUAGUCGCUGGACAGUAUAUCACAAGUCUUCCAGGAACAUGGUAUCAGAUAUCAAGAGAAUUGAAAAAAAACGAAAACUAUGAAGUUUACCAAAUUCUACCUGCAGAUUCACCUUAUGUAGAAAGAAUAAAGGCUAAUGGAGUGAUUCCUAUACUAAGCAAGAAUUUUUCCUAAUAAUAUUUUGACGAGUACAAUGAAUAAAUGAAAGAAAAUAAACUCAAAACUUCUGCACUUGUUGAAUACAUGCAAUAUUUGACUAAGGCAUUUUUCAGUGAGGAUGAACUGAUAAAAGAGAUUAAACUGAGAAAUAGACUGUCCGAGCAUAUCGUUUGCGGACUCGGAUCCUAUAUGAUUCAUAAUAAACUUUAUAAUGAGAUACCAGAGCAUUUAAGAUAAGAUGCUAUGACCUUAAGGGCACCAGAUUUGAUUCUUUACACAGGAUAUGAGGGUCUUUCAUAAGCAAUUCCGCUGUCUCCAAACUCAAGAAUAAUCCCUCCACUGUUUGAAAAUGAAACUUAAACUUAGCAAAUUGCUUAAGAUCUCUAAGAAUUCAUAGAUAGACAUUAAAAGCUGAUUCUAGUCUCAUUUGGUACAGUCCAGAGCCCAAAAAGUGAUACUCUAAGAGCACUUUCAAAGUACAUGUAAUAAUAAUCUGACUAUGGAUUUAUUUAUUCAGCAACAAAUUAGAAAUACCUUGAAAAAGAUAUAUUAGAGAGAGUUUUAAGCUUAGAAAAUGUUUACAUAUCAAACUGGAUUCCAUAAAUAUAGUUACUAAAUAAUCCAAAAGUUAAAAUAUUCUUUAGCCAUGGUGGCUUAGAAGCUCGGCGCAUGCCUGUAUAAGCCUGA